AUGGGCAACGCGCCCACGGCCAGAAAAGGCAGCGAGAUGGAAAGCGUCAAGGAGUUCCUUGCUAAAGCCAAAGAGGACUUCCUCAAGAAAUGGGAGAGUCCUUCACAGAACACUGCUAGCCUGGAGCAGUUUGAGAGGUUGAAAACCCUGGGCACGGGCUCAUUUGGCCGCGUUAUGCUGGUGAAGCACAGAGAAACGGGACAGCAUUAUGCCAUGAAGAUCCUCAAUAAGCAGAAGGUGGUGAAGCUUAAGCAGAUAGAGCACACUCUAAAUGAGAAGAGGAUCCUCCAGGCUGUCAGCUUUCCUUUCCUUGUGCGGCUAGAGUAUUCAUUCAAGGACAACACCAACCUUUACAUGGUUAUGGAAUACGUACCCGGUGGAGAGAUGUUCUCCCACCUACGACGGAUCGGCAGAUUCAGCGAGCCGCACGCUCGGUUCUACGCUGCUCAGAUCGUGUUGACCUUCGAGUACCUGCACGCUUUGGACCUGAUCUACAGAGACUUGAAACCUGAAAACCUGCUCAUAGACCAACAGGGUUACAUACAGGUUACAGAUUUUGGCUUUGCCAAACGGGUAAAGGGCCGGACCUGGACACUGUGUGGCACCCCAGAAUAUCUGGCUCCAGAGAUUAUUCUCAGCAAGGGAUACAACAAGGCAGUGGACUGGUGGGCGCUGGGAGUUCUGGUCUAUGAGAUGGCAGCGGGGUAUCCUCCUUUCUUUGCCGAUCAGCCAAUUCAAAUCUAUGAAAAGAUUGUAUCAGGGAAGGUGCGUUUCCCGUCUCACUUCAGCUCGGACCUGAAGGACCUGCUGAGGAACCUUUUGCAGGUGGAUCUCACGAAGCGCUUCGGGAACCUCAAAAACGGAGUCAACGACAUCAAAGGACACAAGUGGUUUGCGACAACUGACUGGAUUGCCAUCUACCAGAAAAAGGUGGAAGCUCCUUUUGUUCCCAAGUUCAAAGGACCGGGCGAUACCAGCAACUUUGACGACUAUGAAGAGGAGGAGAUCCGCGUCUCCUUCACCGAGAAAUGUGCCAAGGAGUUUGCCGAAUUCUAGAGUUAGAGGAGAAGAAAGGAGGAAAUAGGGAAAGUCUAAGGUAGGCUGGUCAAAAAGAGGGAGACACGAGAAGAGUGUACUGUCUCCUGUCCAAAUAUAAGCACCAGCUACAAAAAAACAAAACAAAAAGGGAAACAUCGAAUAGAAGUGUGGAAAAAAGAGAGAGGAAGACUGAUAACCAGCAGUGUUGCCUUUUCUGUUGCGUUUCUGUUGUAUUUUAUUUAUUGUCGUCUUAUUUAUGAAUCCCUUUAUAAUGACGCUGUGUUUCAUGGGUGUCGGGAACGACCACUAACUUAGAGUUGCCUCUACGCAUUCUUCACCCGAGAUCUUCCCUCCUCCCUGCGUCCACUUCUGUGCCACAGCAAAGAAACGUCAACCGAUCAGUCCGCCGGUCACUACACGAGCGUGCACUUAGGAUACCCUCAGUUCAAACGGGUGACAAGCUGACUUGAGCAAAACGCGCCACGCGUCAAGAUGAAUGCCCAUGUGUUUCUUUGAUUUUCUCCUAACCAUCUCCUAGAUAAAACACUUUAAAGGCACGAGGGGCCAAAAGGAAGACGAAGCAAAGAGUCAGGGACGUCUGUUGUGUAACUCCAUCCACGGCUCUUAUUAUUGUUAAUAUAUACAGACUUUGUACAUAUCUGCAGUGCUCCAUUUUUAAAUGUUAGUAGGUACUUAGUGGCUCCAGUGAAAUCAUAACACGCUAGCAUACAAUGAAAUAUGAAAUAAAAAGAAACGGAUUUCUCUCAGUUUUACCGGUGUUGUGAGGAAAAAACACCAACCACAUAAUGGAAACUCAGGUUUGAACAUAUCACUUAACAGACAUUUAUCUCCAUAAAGUCUAAGGAUCGGCAGGUACAAACUCGCAGUAUAUAGAUUUGGGAAUUGGAAGUUCUGGUUUAAAAAAAAUAAAUAAAUAAAAAAUGAAAUUAAAAAGAAACAAAAAAAAGACUAUUUAGACUUUUAGUUGGCGUCUUCCACACUUCUCCCUUCCAGAAGAUUUGGUCAGCUUUGAUAAGAGCACUUCCUGUUUCAGCUCAGAGCUCAUCUGCUACACGGGAUUAUUCUGCUUGUUGAAAACAACCGUUUGCCCCCCCACCACCCUGAUUUUGACUUUUCGAGACCAUGUGAGGCAGAAGUCCUCAGACUGCUUCUGGCCGAGGGUCAUCAGCGCUUCAGUCUGUACGGAUGGCGGUCGGGAUCGCGUGCUUCGCCUUGACCCUCACUGUCCGUUCAUAUCCCCGAGGAGGACCACGCAGCUCUGUUAUCAUUUUGUGUUUAGGACAUGCACUAUUUUUGCUAAGUUUCUUUUUGUUCGUGUGUGUGUAUCGAUGAUCUAAAAAUGACUGGUACUCUGUUUAGCGAGUUAGAGAUGGGCUGAAGCACCAGGAGGUGAAGAUACAGCAGGGACAACUAUAGUCUUGAAGACGUUUGUUUCUCGGAAAAUUUCUUUCCAAUGAGGCUAUUGACAGAAUAUUCAAACCAGAUGCUGGCAACAACCCAAAUAAUCUCCACUUAUUAACAAAUCCAAAACAAUUUAGUCCAUAAAUGAGGUUAUAUGUAAUAAAGGAGAAAUGUAUUGAAUAAAUGGAAGAAAAGCUUUAGUCAAUAACAACAACUUUAAGGCUCUUUUUAUGUAGAAACAAUUCAGAUUCCUAAGGUGUCAUUUUGACUGAUUCUUUGACACAAACUGGCUUCACAUUAUUUCCACCUGUUGAAGUCGGGUGAUUGUCUGGGCCAUUCUAGUAGGUUUUCUCUUCCACACCAGAUCAGAUUUUCCAUGACAAUGUUUUUGGGAUCAAUAUCUUGCAGAAAAAUUUUCUCUUGCCAUGUUGGCUUUUUUUUUAAAACACCCGUUACAUGAGUCUAAACUUGAGGGAGUUAAGGAUAGCUUUUCGGAACAUCUAGUUCUGUCACAUCUUUGAAGUAUGUGCGCUACUUUUCUCUGCGCCCCCCCGUUCAGCAUAGUCUGCAGAUCAGUGGGGCGGGUUUCACAGUGUCCCGCUGCGUCACGACCAGGCGCGUUACUUUUUCAUAACGUCUCCGUCUCGUUUUCUUAUUUUUUUCACAGGAAAGAUCAACUGAUUCCGGGAAUUAAAUUUCAAGGCUGUAAUUGCGUGCCUCCAAGUUGUCUUGUAACGAUUAGCCAAUUUAUUCAGACAGCCGCAGCUAUAGCUCAGUCGGUUUUGUGAAGUAUGCAUGACGCGCUCAUGUGGCAAAAACCUUUCGCUUAUCCGAUAACUUAAUUGUGUAUGCUACAGGGUUGAAUGGUUUAUUUUCCAAUGGCAACAUGUCCUCUGGUGCCAUUAAAACAAAAAUGCUGAUAUGCAAUAUUGUAGCAGGGGCAUUAUUAAGAACAUUUUGGUACAUUUCUUCAUUAAAACGCUGCCAGCGCCAUAUUCUGAAAAUACAGGCCAGCGCCAUAAUGUCCCCACCUCCUAACUUCAUUGUGGGUGUGGUGCUGCUGGUGUCAGUGGUCAGGCCGUUUACUCUCCAAACGUGUGUUUAGAGAAUACAAGCAUGUGUGCGGGCCGCCAUUUAAAGAGCUUGAUUUUAGUCUCAUCUAGAGAGACUAUAUCCUCCCAGUAACUCGCUGGCAUGUCCGUAUGUUCUGUAGCAAACUUUUAAGCAAGCUUCAGCAUGCUUUCCCUUCAGCAGUGGAGUCUGGCGUCGUAAGUGAACAAUGAGGCCAUCAUGGCUGAGUUUACCACUUGUGAUUUUCAUGAAAAAAACAGGAUGUGCUAAUGUCAGGUAUUACUCAAGCUCUGUGCGAGGGGACCGUUUCUCUUGGACAACUCAUCUGAUCAUUCUUUUGACUCCCCUGUUGGAAAUCCUACAAAGAACAGCUGGUCAUGGCUGAUUUAUGAUGAAAGGUUGUUCUUUCAACCUCGAGAUUAUGGCCCCAACGUUGCUCAGUAGUCUAGAAAUAUGCCUCUAAAUGGUGCCAAAAGGGUGUGAAAUGUACUGAAAUUGCAUUUCCAUCAUAAAGAGAAACAUAUUUAGAGGCAGUCACCUAAAAACCAGCUGCCAUCAAUUAUGGAUAAGUGAAGUGACAUAAGGCAGGAUUGCUUUCUAUAUACUCACAGAUUUCAGUUAUUUUCUCGACUCUAAGCCUUUUAUACAUCUUUUCUUUAUAUGUUUGACACUCAUUCCCCUUUUCAUUCCACUUUAUUACACAAAACUUAAUUUACAGACUAAUUUGUGUUGACUUCUUUUGGAGCAUGAAUUACUUGGGUUGUUACAAACACGCAAUCUGAGUUUUAUAUCAGUAGGACUAUUAGAAAUGUGUUUUCUGAGAAGAACACUGUUUGAUAACUGGGUUUUUUUUUCCUUGCUGUAGCUUGUCAUAAUGUAUUUUCUUUGUGCACAGUAAACCUGAUAAUUUGAAGUUUACAAGAAAGGCCACCUCGGGUAUUCACGGGGUUCUCCUUGCUUGACACAGUUUGAAAGCAGAGCAUUAAACGAUGUGCAGAAAGGAUUCAAUUAUCAGUUUCAGGCAUUAAAUUACAUUAGACUGUAAUGUGAUAUAUCAUGUUCUUGGGGAUGUGAAAUAAUUUAGUUCAGACAGGCUCAAGGAAUUCCUCUCGUCAUAAGUUUUUGUCAUGAAUCUCAAAUUUGUGGAAAAGAAAAAAAAAAAUCUCAGAAACGAGAAAACACGACAGGCCUUUUGUUCCAAAUACACAUUUGCAAUGUUUGAUAGUCUGUGUGCAUCAUUUGAAAAUUGGAGUGAUGUUUGAAAUGACCUAACAUGAAGGAAUUACCCAGGUGGACAAUUCAGGCUCACACGAGAGAUUUGUUUUUAUCACGGUGUCCUCGACCACAUGUGUCUCCGUGGAGGAACCGUUCCCUCUGUCUACACACAGCCCCAGAUUUAAACGGUGGUGAUUUGCCUUGAAUGCGGAUCAGUACUGUCCAGCUGAUCUAGGGAAGGUCUGAUUUGAUCUUAUCGGCCUGCAGGAGCCCCGCCGCAAAGGCUGUCAUAUACUCGACGUGUGAUCAAAUACGUUGCAAUGUCUGGUAAAAAUGUGUUUAGAAAGUCCUGAGUGGCACAGUCGUAGGGACCCUUGGUGGUGAUACUUCAAACGAACAGCUUGUUUUGUUUUUGCACUAGUACAGCGUUCACAGAGAGAAACCUUUGGCCAUUCUUCUUUGCGCAAUCUCUUCAGAUCGUCCACAUAUCCUGGAUCCUGUGCUCCCUUCUCUUCGGCUCACCCCCACAUGUUUCCUACAGGAUUUAGGACUGUGAUUGCCAUGGAGCAAGACUAUUUUGGUGUCUGGUAAACCAUCACUUUGUUAAAUCAGCAACUUGUGUAAUUUGACCGUGUGUUUUGGACCACUGUCCUGCCGAAAGACCCACCGAUGACCCAAUCUUCAGUGUACUGAUUGAGGCCACCAAACACGUUUAACGUGAAACACCUCCAGCGUUUGUUACUGAAAAGUUUUUUUUUAAUUCUCACCUUACUUAAGCACGUACUUCCAUUUGAGGUCUCUGUAGAGUUUAACAAACCAUCCACAUUUCUCUUAAUAAUAGAGGGACUAAACAUGCAUGUAUGGCUGAAUGGAUUGGAGAUAGCAUCUAAUGAUUGCUGUGGAGACUCAGUGUCCCCAUGAUGCAUUAUUAAAAUGCUGUUAUUGCAGUUAUUUAGAACGGGUUGUUAGGGCUACCAAAGGGUGUAGCACAUGUGAUUUGGUAAAAAAAAAAUCAAUUACAUCUUAACAUGAGAUAUUAUUCCCCCGCUGAGUAAAAGUAGUCAAAUAAAAGUUUGGAUUUUCGCAUUUUUUUCAGUGCGAGACUAUUCUGCAGCAGUAAAAAAAAAAUGAAAUAUGAAGUUUCUUUGUCAUACUUAUUUACCAGAGAGAGCAAUGAAUUUGUUUUUGUCCAACAUCCUUGAAGAAAGAGUCUGUAAAUCCUUCGACUUGAAAUGCUCCUUACAAGAAAACGUAGUGUGCGUUUUUUUAUCUUCUCUAUCAUGGCCUGUUUAAUGGUUGGAAAGUGAUUACCACAACAGAUCUGGGGCUUCGUUAUUGUUUAUGUCAUGCAAGGCUUCUAGUUUGAGUUAAAAUCGUCUCUCUUGACUUGUUAUCUUCAGUGUUCUGCGACGUUUCGGUGUCGGCACUUUUCUUGAUCAAUCUGAAGCUAUAUUGGCUGAUCGAUGACAGCUUUCCGGUUGGUCAUCAGCUUGCUCGUUGACUACGAUGGCCAAACUUAUAGACUACGACUAUAAUCAUGAGAUUGUUUACAUCUGUGGUUGGGACUUCACAUCCCCAACAUUUCCUUCAUGUCAGGUUCAGUAUGCAGCAUUCUUGAGACACUUUUGCAGAGACACAACUUCUUCUCAGUGCAGGCACAAUGCUGGUACAUAAGAGCCUACUGUCGCACUUUUUAGGGAAAUGAGACCUCCCUCCUCCCCAGCCAGUGCAAACCAUACCAAUCUCUGUUACGCACACACACACACACACACACACGCACGCAACACUCUUGCAAAGGGAAGCGUCUAAAGUCACGGGAAAAGUGACAUAAGAACACCAAGUGUAAUAUUUUGCAACAUGAGUAUCAUUCCAAUAAAGUUUUACUUGUAAAAUCG